AUGGCCCCCGGCGACCUCGUGAAACAUCGAUCGGGAGAGGACAUGGACUUGCUGGCACUGGUUGCGUCUCUCAGCUUGGAUGAUGUGGCAGACGUCCAAGGUGGUACUAAGGGCAAGGAUAGCCAUAAUACGCUCAGCGACGAAGAACUCGCCUUUCAACUCUUCGCAGAGGAAGCCUCCGCGUUACAGACCACGACUUGCGACAUGGUCUUCGCUCGCAGUCUAUAUCAAGCACUAAGCUCCGACGCGGAGCUCAUAGAGGAGUUGGAACGUGCGGAGGACGUUGCUCGUGGGGACAGGGAUAUCGCGAGAGCUCUCGCCGAGGGUCGACCGCCCACCAGGACGAACACGCCGAGACCGUCGAUGGAUGACUCUAACAGGCUGGUUGUUUCAACCCAGCCAAGGAUAUCCUCGACACCGGUCAAGUAUUUCCGUGAGUCUUUCACCGUGCAUGUAUGCAUACCUCGUCUCAUUGAAGCUGGAAGAACCGAAACAUGCGUGAUCUGCCGAGACGAUAUCCGCGGACCCGUCAUUCACGCCCCGUGCGGCGAUCCGUACGACAUCGCCUGUUUCGUUGAUCUUUGCCGCGCAGCGACAAUCGACGAGUCGCUCUUCCCUCCUACUUGCUGCCGCCGGCCUUUCGACCUCACCGCCGUGCGUCAAUAUCUCAAUCGCGCUCUUGCAACCCUCCUCGACAAAAAAGCCAUCGAGUUCGGCACCGCAAACCGGGUCUACUGUCAUCGCCCAGCCUGCUCCGCCUUCCUUGGUGCUGGAACCCCGUUUCCUACUCGCAUCCACUGCCUUUCCUGCUGGGCGGAGACCUGUACCCAUUGCAAGGCGGCAGCUCACGACGCUUCUCAAAUAUGCUCAAGCGCCACCGACGAAGCCGUGCUCGCGCUCGCGGGCGAAGCGGGGUGGAAGCGCUGCCCGGGAUGUGGGCACGUUGUCGAGCUCACGCACGGAUGCAACCACAUGACGUGCCGGUGCCGGUACGAGUUCUGCUACGUAUGCGAGGCGCGCUGGAAGACGUGCACGUGCGAGCAAUGGGACGAGCAACUCUUGUACAACGCCGCGGAGCGCAGAGUGGAGCGACAGCAACGGCUCGAGGGAGGAGCUGGCGCUGGGAGGGCCCCCGCGGUCCCAGCUGUGGCGCUUCGGCCCGCCUUUGACUUCAGACAAACCGUCUUGCGGGAAGCUGCGAGGCUACGAGAGAACCAUGAUUGCGUUCAUCAGUGGCGGUAUACUCCUGGGGCCGGCAACUGCGAAGGAUGCGGGCAUCAUCUUCCUUUGUUCCUAUAUGCAUGCGCAUGGUGUCAUUUGGCAGUCUGUGCUCGCUGCCGGCGUAACCGUAUACUGUAA